AUGUCCGUUUUGGAGGACAACACAGGAGAGAACAUGGACUUCGAAGACUGGGAAGAAGAGGAAGCCCAGUGCUGCUCAGAAGACCCAGAUGGAAGCCCCAUGGAGCCAGGCCAGAGCCAAGCCUCUGUGAGUUCUGUGCAUACAAGUCCAAGAGUGAAGGCCAAAGAGCCCCAGAAAUUCAGCAUUUUCGACCGUGAUCAUAAAGUGUUGGUCCUGGACUCUGGGACCCUCAAAGCAAUUCCAAAUAAAAGCUACAUCCUCCCAGAGACAUUCUUUGUGUUGGCCUCACAUCUGGCAAAGUCCUCCGAGGAGAAAGGGUCUCCCAUUUUGUUGGCCGUCUCUAAAGGGGAGUUCUGUCUCUGCUGUGACAAGGACAAAGGAAAAUGUCAGCCAUCCCUUCAGCUGAAGAAGAAGAAGCUGAUGAGUCUGGCCGCCCAGAAGGAGACUUCGCGCCGGGCUUACGUCUUCUACAAGUCUAAGGUGGGCUCGCGGUACACCCUGGAGUCCGCUGCCCACCCUGGCUGGUUCAUCUGCACGUCCUGCAAUUCCGGUGAGCCUGUUACAGUGACGGAUAAAACCGGGCGAAGGAAACACACCGAGUUUUCAUUCGAGAAUCCUAGCAAAACUGAAAUGAGCCAGUAG